AUGAUGCAGAACAAAAAGGUAUGUUAUUUAUAUCUAUUUAAGUAUACGUACAAUUUGUUUCAAAAAAAAGGAAUAUUUUUUUUACAGGUAAAGAUUUUUUUGAUAUAUAACUCUUGUUUUGAUUUAUUAAGACAAUUUUGUACUGCAGCUUUUUAA